UUCACAUCGCUUAUGUCGAACAUAUACACCUCCUAAACCUCCCAUUUUUUUUCGCUCACUCAUUCCCAUGAAUUUCUAAUCUCUUCUCCUUCACUAUCUCGUCGACAGAUUUCAUGGGAAACUGCUUCAACUGGUUCUCUAGGGCGGACACCACGCAAAAUCCUACUUAUGCUUCGAGAACCAUAACCAGCAGAACCGACCCUUCUUCUCUUCCUUCGACUCUGACAUAUUCGAUUUCGUCGAAUCUUUACUCGACUUCCUACAACGGAACCAUCGCCGGCGGAGCUCUUCCGACGCGGGAACCCGAAGGGGAAAUUCUGUCCUCCAAUUUGAAGGACUUCAGUCUCAACGAUCUAAAAAACGCCACCAAAAACUUUCGCUCCGACAGUCUCAUCGGGGAAGGCGGCUUUGGCUACGUGUACAAAGGUUGGAUCGGUGAGCCGUCGUCGUCCAUGGUGGUCGCGGUGAAGAAACUCAAACCUGAUGGAAUUCAGGGUCACAAUGAAUGGCUGACAGAAGUCAACUGUCUGGGUCAACUCCACCACCCGAACCUGGUCAAGCUGAUCGGCUACUGCUCGGAGGGCGACAACCGGCUCCUGGUCUACGAGUACAUGCCGAAAGGAAGCUUGGACAACCACCUCAACAGAAGAGCUGAACCUCUGUCAUGGCAAACCAGGAUCAAAGUUGCAGUUCAAGCCGCCAGAGGCCUAUCGUAUCUGAACGACGAGUGCAAGAUCAUCUACCGAGAUGUGAAGUCGUCGAACAUACUUCUCGACUUAGAGUUCAACGCCAAACUUUCCGACUUCGGCUUGGCUAAAGACGGACCGACCGGCGACGACACUCACGUAUCGACUCGCAUAGUGGGAACCUAUGGAUAUGCAGCUCCAGAGUACAUCGCCACAGGCAGGCUUUCGGUGAAGGCCGAUGUGUACAGCUUUGGGGUUGUGCUCCUGGAGAUUCUCACGGGGCGACGAGCUUUCGACAGAGCAAGAGUGGGAGCAGAGCAGAAACUUGUGGACUGGGCGAGGCCUCAAUUGGGCAACAAGCACAAGCUGCGCCGGAUCGCCGACCCGAAGCUCGACGGGGAGUAUCCAAAGAAGGGGGCGCUUGAGCUCAGCCUCCUCGCUCAGCAAUGCAUCGGAGAGGAUGCCAAGAAGCGCCCUGCCAUGUUUGAGGUCUUGGCCUCCCUUGAGAAACUGCAAGACGGUGUAAAGCAGAUGAGUUCUAGUUAAGCCGCGCGGUCUUAGGUUCCUACUCCACGGUCUAGGAAACCAUAGCUAUCAAAUUUCUACAAAUGGACAUUGACAUGAUCUUGGAUGUGUGUUUGCUUGAGUUUGCAAAUAUUUACUUAUAGGUGCACAUUGUUUUUUUCCUUCUUCUUUUGGAUAGAUUCAUUUAAAACGGGGAUUGUAUAGAAUCUGUUUCUAAGGUUACAUUUGCCUCAUCCAACCAUUUUGAG